AUGGCAAUCGUCGAAGUUGUCGAUGGUAUCGAGGACCCUGAUGAUGGAUUCAAUUCCCGAUCCCAGAUUCUCAGAUUCCACCGGCAAGCCCCAGCCCAGCCAGCCCGACAGAACCCACCAAAAUCCGUGCUCGCCCUCUGCAUUCCUGUCUGCAUUACGUUUAUUGUGGGAAAUGGUACGAUGAUGGGGAUUGAUUCCCUGAUUCCCCGAUUCCCUGCUUCCCUCCCUGAUUCACUCGUCUCUACCCGUACUGCCCACACUGCGCAGGUUUCCAAGGCUGAGGAUGGAGGCAGAGGAGCAGAUCGUGCAAAGGAUUCGCAGGGCGAUACACUUUCCUUUAGCAGCAGCGCUGGCGACACGUACGGCGGAUGGUCAUGGGAGGGUGUGGAUUGA